UCUAUUGUUCCUUCCUCUCUGAAGUUCCUGUGUCGGUGUCUCUGUUGUCUCUCUCUUCUUUAGUUGCAAGUUGGUAUUAGUAAGAGCAAAAUGGCAAUGGCGUUGCGCGUGGUUCUUAACAAAGCCGUGGGUCGUCAACUCAAAGGAGGCAAGUUAAGGUUUUUGGGUGCAAUCAGCAGUGGCUGCCAGCACUCCAUCGUCGGCCACAAUUCUUCACGCUCAAAUAACAAUAAUGAUACUCAUCUACCUUCCUCAAAUUGCUGGUGUCGUCACUACUAUUUUCUACCAUCUCCUCCCGCCGUAAGAGUUCUCGAUUUCCCGACUGUUGCUGGCGUUCGUCGUGUCCACGAUGCCGAGACCGACGAUAGGGUCAGAAAAUUGGGUGAAUUUGCAGUCAAGGCUCGCAAUCAGGGCUCCGCCCAGGAUGGUGUUGAUGGUGGAGUGGAAAUUCAGUUUGUGAGGCCGGUGAGAGCAAGCUUUAAGCUUUCGAUGGGCCUUAUCUACUACAUAACGCUCGAGGCACUUCGUGGAAAAGCCGACAUGAAUGUCUACUAUGCGGAAGUUCUCGACUGCCCUGACCAAAAUCUGUUGAAAUUGAUCAAGUGGGAGCAGGUCAAUGAGUCAUUCUCCUACCCCUUCGAAGAAAUAAGAUUGAGCAAGUUUCUUGAGAAAAAGUACCGACGCGAGAGAGCAGCUGCCAAGAACUAUCUAGUGAGCACAUUGCUUGAAGAACAGCAACUACGAUGUAGAAUCCCUGAGGGCGCCAACAGAUAUUCUGAAGCAAAAUUCCAACAAAAUUGGGGACCUGGGAUGCUGAACAGUGAUGAUUGUCCACCUACUCCACCUGAAACUUUUUAUCUUUGGGCUACUUUCACCCUCGGUAUCGUCCCAGUUUUUGACAUUAAAACUUAUGAAAUGGUCUACGAGUAUGCUAUGUUUGCAAUAGGAGCUCAAUUUAAGAAUGAGGUCACGAGAUGGCCUGUUAAAUACUUUUUUCGUUUAAUCUCAUAUACGUACAUGUAUGAUGAUCUUCCAUUGCAAUUCAAUACAUGAAGAAGACAAUUUUCUUA